AUGGCUCCAUCUUCGCCUAUGCUGUCAGGGGCUCUACAGAAUCAGGCUCUGAGAGAUGCAUCGUAUGCUUCCCCGAUGUCACCUUACCAGCAACCUAUGGCUCCAUCUUCGCCUAUGCUGUCAGGGGCCCUACAGAACCAGGCUCUGAUGGAUGCAUCAUUUGUUUCCCCAAUGUCACCUUACCAGCAACCUAUGGCUCCAUCUUCACCCAUGCUCUCAGGGGCCCUACAGAAUCAGGCUCUGAGAGAUGCAUCAUUUGUUUCCCCCAUGUCACCUUACCAGCAACCUAUGGCUCCAUCUUCGCCUAUGCUGUCAGGGGCCCUACAGAAUCAGGCUCUGAGAGAUGCAUCAUUUGUUUCCCCAAUGUCACCUUACCAGCAACCUAUGGCUCCAUCUUCACCCAUGCUCUCAGGGGCCCUACAGAACCAGGCUCUGAUGAAUGCAUCAUUUGUUUCCCCAAUGUCACCUUACCAGCAACCUAUGGCUCCAUCUUCGCCUAUGCUGUCAGGGGCCCUACAGAAUCAGGCCAUACGAGGAGCGUCUUUUGCGUCUCCUCUUCAGAGGCCUAUAUCACCAUAUGCCUCAGUGCCUUCAUCCCCAAUGCUUUCUGGAGCCAUGAGACAUGGACAGGCAUUAAGAGGAGUGUCUUCUUAUCAAAUUUCUGGCAUGCAGUCACCCUACGGACCCACGGUGAUAGGGCCAUAUGCCAAAGAGCCCAAACCCAGUCGGCAGCUCCUCAACAACCCUUACCUUCAGAGGAGCCUCGUACACUCUUGCCCGACGGAACGCAUCAUCAUUGACCCUACGGAAGCCUGUUUUCACACCAUCCUUGAUCUGCCGCGCUGCAGAACUCAGCUCUUCGCAACGCCUCAUAAUGCUCUCCCCAGAGGGGUGUCACGGAUCCCAAUGUCCUGUGUCAUCCAAACCUGGGCUAAGAACCGGCCGCUCCAGAUUCCACUGGCCUGUAUCACUGUCAGACUCCUCAUUCUGUCAGGGGAUCACCCAACCCCUAAUAUCCCUCCCAACCUCUCCAACAGCCCUGCCAGGGCGGACGGCAUGCGUAGGCAUCAAGUUCAGGUGAGCAGACGAUUCCCUUCUCACACGUCGCAUCCACAAGCCCAAUUGUUCAGACGCGCAUUGCUAACCAGCAGCUACGUUACGUCCUCAUACAGAGUGCCCAAUCGGCCCUUGUACGGGGAGGACAAUCAUACGCAGUGGUCCCCCCUACGGGCCACGUUCUGGCCACUGGCCCGGAUGCUCGAGGUGGGAGGGGAGGGAGGGGAGGACGUGUGGGCGGCCGAGCGGCUGCCUGCACACGGGGACACAUCCGAAUCUGUCUACGUGGUCAAUGUACCGAGGAUGCGGGGUAUAUUACGUCGGCUACACCCCACCACGCUCAGGGCCGACGGAGCCCCUGAGACGCGAGAAAGGGCCCCAGAGAGAGAGAAGAUGCCCGGAGAAAAGCUGGUAUGA